GUUUUCUAUAAAUCCCUCUAUAUCUCACCUUUGUUAGUACAAAAAGAAAAGUAUCUAAAUACAAUGGCUGCCAUAAAAUUGAUACUCUUUAUGACUGUCGGAAUAAUAGCUUUGCUUUUUCUCCUCUCUCCCUCCCCCCAAAACAACCAUUCCCACCACUGCCUCCACUUCCAUUCCGACUGGGAGGAUGAUGACUUCAAUCUCACCAGCAAUAUCGUUUGCGUCUUACCAGAAAUCGAUGUGAACCCAACUGAUCACUAUGUAUCCCUCGAUGAACUUACUCACUGGAAACCUCAUCAUCACCAAACUAACCAAUUCCAUCGCACCAAAAGCAUGAUGAUCAUUUACGAUAAGAUUCAUGACGGUUUUGUGUCUUUCACCGAGUUCCAGUACCGUCUUUCAACUCCACCACAAUACGCAGAUGGUGGUUCUUUUGAUUGUGAUAUGAGACUGUUGGAAGAAGAGCAUUUUAGUGCAUCGGAUACAGAUGGAGACUGUCGUCUAAACUUCACUGAAUUCUAUGAUUUUCUUCACCCGGCUGACAGCGACUACCCAAAGCUUCAACAAUGGUUGUCUAGGGAGGAAGUCUGGGAACGUGAAACAGACAGAGAUGGGAAGGUCAGUUAUAUAGAAUUUGUCAAUCGGUUCUUUGUUUCCAUAAGAUCCUAUGAUGAAAAAAGUUACCGUUAUUCACAUCAUUAUGAUGAUUCCAAGAAUGCUUAUGCUGAAUUUAUGUUUUCUCAGCUUGACAAAGAUCGUGACGGGUAUUUGUCAGCUAUUGAACUUCUACCUAUAAUUGGGAAAGUCCAUCCAUCUUGGCGUUAUUAUGCAAGGAAACAAGCGGAAUACUUUGUUUCACAGGCACAAGUUGGAAAAUAUGGGCACCUUAAUUUGAAGGAGAUGAUUGAGAAUGCAGAUAUAUUAUAUGCGGCCAUUUUCCGCGAUGAGUUCUUUUAAGUAAGGACAGUUCUAUCCUAACCUACAUUCAAUGAAGAUUUUCGUUACAGUUCGGUGAAGAAGAAAGGGUUUGAAACAUGGGGAUCUCAACAAGUGUGGCUUUGUAAGUUGGCGGAUUACUAUUGGAAAGUAGCGGGUAAUCGUAGGAAUAAGAUAUUGAGUUGAAUAGCAGAAGCUCCUUGUGUCAGCAAGGAAGAUAAUCGGGAGUCUUUCAAAUAAUGGACAAAAAAUGGAUCUUCAAUAGGUGUUGCUGGUAAGCGAAGAAUGCUCAUGAAAUCAAAAGAGGAGUUGGUGCUGUGCUAAACUCAUGUUGGGCAAUGAUUAUGAGCAGGUGCAGGUAGUAGGAUUACAAUUUAGCAGCAAGUGAAGUUUUGUUUUAUUGUUAAGUAGACCUAUUGAAUCAACUCAGCAUCUAGUAGAUCUUGAGCAUUUGUUGUUUUUGCUAUGCAUAAUGUUUACUUUUUUUGGUUGUCCUGAUUUUGUGAAUGUUUUAAACUCUCUGUAAUAUUUUUUGCUCUUUUCCUUGCACGACUUGUGCUUGGACUAGAGUUGAGUAAUGUAUUGCAUCUUCAAAA